GCACAACGCGGAGCUGAGCAAGAUGCUAGGCAAGUCGUGGAAGGCGCUGACGCUGGCGGAGAAGCGGCCCUUCGUGGAGGAGGCCGAGCGGCUGCGCGUGCAGCACAUGCAGGACCACCCCAACUACAAGUACCGGCCGCGGCGGCGCAAGCAGGUGAAGCGGCUGAAGCGGGUGGAGGGAGGCUUCCUGCACGGCCUCGCCGACUGCCGCGACGGCGCGGACCCCGGGCAGCCCGCCGCAGAGCUCCUCGGGGAGGUAGACCGCACGGAAUUCGAACAGUAUUUGCACUUCGUGUGCAAACCCGAGAUGGGUCUCCCCUACCAGGGACACGACUCUAGCGUGAAUCUCCCGGACAGCCACGGGGCCAUUUCCUCCGUGGUGUCGGAUGCCAGCUCUGCGGUAUAUUACUGCAACUACCCAGACGUUUGACAGCACCCGAUCUGCCCUAGCACGCAGACCAGAAGCACAGUGUUACACACUUCCUGGAAAAGCUGAGGAAAUCCUUAGCCUCCUGUUGUUUCGUUUUGUUUUUAAGUUGCCUUGGCACCUAAUUUAUGGUAAUUUAUUUUGUCUACCACUUGAACAGUUGGGAAGUUAUGUGAGGUUUGGUUGAAAAUAUAUUCAGGGACUUAUUCCCCAUAGCAUUGUCAAAACCCCGUUUCCAGUUUCAAAUUAAGCCAGUUUUUAAUUUGUCCGUUUCUUUAAAUUUAUUGCAACUUUGUUGAUAAAAGAAAUUGUGUCCUGGGUGUGUUUUUCUAAAGUAUUUUAAAAAAUAAAAUCUGGAAUUCUGCUUUUUCACUCCAGCUU